AUGCAUACGCUGUUCAGCGAGCAGAAUGCAUAUUACAGGCACGCAACGGCGGUUCCCGUUGGAAUGGGAACUCCAUCGUAUCCUGGAGUGGGUGCCGCGCCGGGAUACUACGAGCAGUACCGAUACGGCGGUUAUGCGACGGCGGCAGGUUACCCGGUCUCAGGUAUAACCCAGCAACACAUCCACCAUCCUGGCAAGGAUAUGGUGAAACCCCCGUAUUCCUACAUAGCUUUGAUCGCAAUGGCAAUACAGAAUGCACCGGACAAGAAGAUCACGCUGAACGGGAUCUAUCAGUUUAUCAUGGAGCGAUUCCCUUAUUACCGCGAGAACAAGCAGGGCUGGCAGAACUCCAUCAGGCACAACCUCAGCCUGAACGAGUGUUUCGUGAAGGUGCCAAGGGACGACAAGAAGCCCGGGAAAGGGAGCUACUGGUCGCUGGACCCGGACAGUUACAACAUGUUCGAUAACGGUUCUUAUCUCAGGCGUCGUAGACGCUUCAAGAAGAAGGACGCCCUGAAAGAGAAAGAGGAGGCUCUAAAGAGGCAAGGCUUGGUGCCUGACAAGCAGCGUAAUCAAGAGGAAACGAAACCUAGUAACAUAGUGAUACAGCCACCGUCGGACCCGGCUACCAAGAAACUGGCCACCCUGGAAACGACUCUGUGCAAACCGAAGAGGGAGCCGGUGAACGACACUGGCAGCCAUUGCAUGGCCGUGCAAGCGAAAUACGGCCUUCACAGUCCGAUUCAAGACACGAAGACGGCGGUAACGACGACGUCGGCCGUCGCUGUAGCUGGCCAAAGCGUCAUCCAAACGGCUCUGGGUCAUCAAGUGCAUCAAACCCAUCAGGUUCAUCAAGACAGCAUUCAGGACGUAUCUAUGGGGCUAGAUCCCACUAGUUUUAGCGUGGACGCUCUAAUGACGACGAGAGAGAACAGCGCAGCCUUGAUGACCAGAGAUAAUCAGCAUCACACGCAUCAUCCCCACGGUCUUCAGCAUCCUCACCCUCACUCGCACUCGAUCAUGACGAGCAGAGAGUCGAUGGGCGCCGGGGUAGUCUCCAGGGACCAUUUGCCCUCCGUUUGCACGACCACGACCACGACGACGGCCGCCGUCGCGGCAAUGAUGGCCACCACCGGAUACGGUCACAGCAGCACCGUGUCUAGGAGCAACGGUUCGCCGCCCGGAACCAUGUACGCGCCUUAUUGCACGCCCACGGCUGGUUACAUAAUGGAUCACGCGGAAUACAAUUCGAGAAACCAUACCAAUACCGCGGCACACUCGCAAUGGUACCAAGAGGCAGCUAGCCCCGACGCUGCCGCCAUUUAUCAGGACACCCAGUCACCAAGCUGUCAGCUUUACAGAUCCAGCCCGCCAACUCCACUCUCGUCGAGUGCGGCUCCGUCGCCACCUUUGUAUCAUCGAUAUUACCAAGACUGCAACACCGUCAACACCAGCGGCAAUCUACCCAUCACAUUGCACAAAUACUGA